ACCCGCCCCCAAAUCAUGCUCUUCGAUUCAAAAACAAAAAUGUCACCAGCGCACGAUAAGCACCACCGACGCGCUACUGGUAUCGGAGUGCUAAACGAUAAUGCUUCAAAACCUAUAAAUGCUACCUUGUUACCGAUGGCCGGGCUUAUUUGUCCAACCUUUGGAAGGAAACACUCUCCCGACCAGUUGAACAAAGCACCGAAAAUGCGUACCGGUUUGAUUGUGAUGGUCUUGAUGGCCUUUUCGGCUACCGUCGGUGUACAUGAGGUCGCUGGACAGAAUAUCAUACUGGAUGCCAUCAUGCGGCGCAUUCUGGAGAACCUGCGUGACUUGAUGCGUACGGGAAAUCCGGAAACCGGUAUGCCAAUACUGGCCCCGUACAACAAUCCGGAUCUUUUCAUCAAUGCCAGCUUCGGAGGGUUGCUAGACUUUGACGCACGCUUUACCCCGAUGAACAUUAUUGGGCUGGAUACGUUCGUCGGUAGGCUGCAGGUCGAUCUGGCAUCGCUUCGGUUCCCGUUCGAGUUUAAUUUCGCGGAAAUCACUGCGAACGGAUUUUACGAUGCAAACGGGCGUCUUUGGGGAUUGAUUCCAAUCUUCGGUAUUGGUGAUUUUUUCGUGCGACCCCGCGACGUCGUAGCGACCGGAUUUGCCACCAUCACCGACAACGGGCACGGUUAUCUGAUGCUGUCCGAUUUCUCCAUCAGCCUGCAGAUCGGUUCGCUCGAAAGUAAUAUCCAGGGUUUGUUGCUGGGUGGUGAACUGUCAGAUGUGCUGAAUGCCGUCAUUCAGGACAUUGUCCCAUCGGUGCUGCGUAACUUCCCGGACGGUAUGACAAAUCUGCUGAAUGCGCUGGUUGUUCCGAUCGCUAAUCGCUUCCUGGCUACCCGCACGAUGGAGGAUCUGAUGGGUUUACUGUUCCCGUAAGGGCUAUGAUACCAUUGAGCCGUUGUGGAAUAAUGUUUGAUCGAUACAUAAAAUAAAUUGCAGCUGAUUUUAUUUUAGCGCGAUCGUGCGUGUUGUUAUGGAACU